AUGGAGUUGGAAUUCGAAGAGAUUGACGCCUUUUCGGAUCCGUCAUGUUCAGUAGAGGAGAAGCCUUCAACAAAGCCAGCACCAGCCUUCUAUCAGCUGACUUUCAAUGCUGAGGAAGAGGAGAAGACCACGCCGGAGAGGAGGGCUUCUAAUAUCUCUGUUAGUGAAGGGUUUCGUUGGUUGGGGCAUGGAUAAUAUAAAAUUUUGAAAAAUUUUGUGAAAUUGAAAUUAAAAAUUUUUUUUUUAAUUUGAAAUUUUGAAUUUUGAAAAAAGUCAGCAAGAAUCUUCAAAAGUUUUUUAAAGCUCAAUUUGAUGAAAACCACGCCUUAAAAAGCGUAAAAAUAAUAUUAUCAAGCUUUUUCACCUAUGUUAAUAUACCUAAUUUUAGACGAACGACCAUUCCAUAGCAGACACAGCUUCAACAACAUCGUCGAACCUCAUGGUGACGUCGCUGGUUCAAGAAAACUUGGUACGGUGUUUUAUAUAUGUGAAAAAUUUAGGCGCACAAACUCUUUGCCGAGUCGUUUCUGUUUGUUUGUCACCGUUCUUGGAUCCUCGUCUUUUUGGGUACUAUUAGAGUGGUAUGCAUGGUGUGUUGUGGGUGCUAUUAGAGUAGUAUACAUGUUGUCUUAUCAGUGCUAUUAGAGUGGUAUGAAUGUCUUUGGGUCUCCACCCUCCCCCCCCUAGAAAAAAUCCGUAGCGACGCCCCUGAUCCAAGUUGCUUUAUUGGUAUAAUUAGAGUAGUACGCAAGUUGCUUUAUGGGUACUAUUAGAGUGGUGUAUAUUGAAAGUUCAAAAACGUCUUGUUGUUUUUCAAUAUUUAAAUCAACGUAACUUGGCGACAAGACUUUCUAUUUAGAUUUUGUGAUAAGUAAUUUUAAAUUUGAGCUUUUUUAAUGAGUAAUGUUAACUAUGAGCUAUGGUUUUAAAAAGUAAUAUUAAGUUUGAGUAACUUUUUUUGAUUAGUAAUGUUAAGUUUAAGAUAUGGUAAGGUUAUUUUAACACGAUUGAUUCUCUAACGAUAAUUAUUAAUUUUGUCUUUUUUUGUUUGCACAAUGAUGUUAUUUGUUCGUUUUUAAUAAAAUUUCACGAAAAUUGGAGUGUUUUUGGUGUUGGUAACUUGUUUUUGUAGCUUACAGUUUCUUUGUUUUAUGAUUUUUGCUUUCACAGUGCACUGCAGGUCUUUCUUUGCACUUUUCAAGUGUACUUUAUCUCUUGUAGGCUUAAAGAUAGUUUUUUUGAUACGGUAACAUGAAAUGACAUAGGUACCUCUGCUUCUUAGGCUAAUCUGUGACAAAAGUAAGAUUCAUAUUUAGGCCUAAAAUAGAUUUUUUAAGCCUAAAACUCAAUUUCAAGCUCAUAAUUUUAUUUCUAAGCUUAAAUUUAUUUUUAAGUAUAAGGGCUGUUUUUAAGUCUAAAAUUCAUUUUUAAGCUUAAAAGUUAUUUUUAAGGAAAAAGUUUGUUUUUAAGCCUAAAGGUCAUUUUUACGCCUAAAUUUUAUUUUUCAUUGUACCUUUUUUUCAAACCCAAUUUCGUCUUUCAAGCUUUACAACAUCACUGUCUACGCCCUUCUCUCCCACGCUUAAGCCUUCUAAAAGCCUUAUAGAUUUAAUUAAGUUCCACGCAUUUCAGGCAUUGCAAAACAAACUGACACGACAUGCAGAUGAGUUGGCGGAAGCACGAGCCUACCUACGAGGACAUUCAUUAUCCUCGUUCGAAGGCAAUGAAGAACAAGGUGUCUUGAGGUUAGAGCCUCUAGCAAAGGGUGGCAAUACCCACUCGGUACUGUUGGAGGUGUUCAACAUUCCGGAAUUUACAAAAAUUUUGGUUUAUGGUCAGUUUUUCGGCUUAAAAAGGUCAAAAAUGCAAAGAAAAAUGAAAUUAAAAAAAAUUUUAAAUUUAAAGUUAAACACAUCGAUAUCACUACUUAAAAAGUAUUGUCGUUUUUCAUUGUGUAAAGCACUGCAAUUUGACGACAAGACUUUUUUUCUUAAGUAAUACAAACUUGUUUUAAAAAUUAAAAGAUAUUAGCUCGUUCAAAUAAUUCUGUGCCUUCAUUUCAAAGCAAGUUUUCGAAGUCUGGAGCACAGAAUUAUUUGAAAAAUAUAUUAAAAAGGGAUGCCAUUUUAAAGUAAACAAAAAUGGAUUUUCAGAUCUAAAACCUCGAAUGGCAAAGCAGCUAACUCCUUGUUUACCAGCUUAUUUACUAUUCGCUGCCUUACGAUACUUUGAUCAUGCCAAAGAUGAUGCGUGUAUUACAGGACUGUUUAAUGCCAUUCAUCUUUUGCUGAAGGACAUUUCUUCGGUAGGUUCUACUCUACCUUACCCUACUCUAUCGUGCCCUACCUUACCCUACCCUACCCUGCAAUACCCUCCACUCUAUCUUACUGUACUUUGUCUUAUACUAACUUAUUCUGCGCUUAUCUUCACUCUAUCUUUCUCUACCCUCUAACCUACUGUAUUAAAAACCUUUAAAAACCUCAUGUUUUAGGCUUCAAAAGACAUGGACGUCCUAAUCCUAUGGUUCGUCAAUUCCUGGCGACUUCUGAAUCUUCUUCGCCAAUUCGGCGGGGAACAAACCGAAGAAUCAUGGACAGCACGAAAUACGGAAAAGCAAAAUGAAUGGAAAUUCCAACACUUCAAUUUCGAACCGAUAAGGAAUCAGUUAAAACUGAGAGUCGAAGACUUUUACCAAAAUUUCAUGAAAAAUACAGUAGAACCAUUGCUGACACCGAAAAUAUUCCCCGGGAUCCUACAACAUGAAAGCGAAAGUAAAGUCAUGAAAUGUAACGGAGAUCAAAAGGAAAAGGAGUGUCAGAGCUUGGAUGAUAUCAAGGAGUUUGUAAGUUUUUUUAGAGCUAGAGUGGAGUGUGGUAAGGUAAGCUUUGCUGAUAGUGUAGGGUUUGGUAAGAAGGAAUAGUUGGUGCGGUAAUUUUUGUUAGGGCGUAAAAUUCUGUAAUGAAAAAGGCAAGUAUAGGAUAAAAGUGAGGAUUUUUAGGGUGUAUUUCGGGGGCAUGAUAGGUUAUUAGGGGGAGAUUUAAGUUACGGUAGAGAGGCAGAGAACUGAGUACAGCAUAGGGUUGUCAGGGAAAAGUAUUUUAGACCAUAGCUGUAUCAGAGCUAAAAUAGGGAUACAGACAGGCACGGUAGAGGUCGCUAAGGUAAGAGAGUACUAUAUUAUGGUAAGGUAGGGUAAAGUAGAGUAGGGUAGGGUAUGGUACGUUAGGACAGGGUAGAGUAGCGUGGGGUUGGAUAGGGUAGGGUAGAGUGCAUUUUGUAAGAAAAGUAAAGGAAUCUUUAAAUUUAAAAAAAAUUUUAGUUGAACCUGGUCUACUCGAAGCUACGGAACUUUGGCGCAGAGCCAAAUGCCAUCGUACAGACUUUCAAACAGAUUUCCCAAUGGAUUUGUGCAUUAGCAAUGAAUCAGCUUGUCUUUAGGAAGGAUUUGUGCACUUUUGAAAAGGCUAUUCAGGUCAAGUAAGUUUUUUCUCUAAAUUUAUAUUAAUAUUGGUAAGAUUAUUGAGACUUUUGGUCAAAAAGUGAUUGGAUUUUUUAAAUAUUGAUCUAAAAAUUGUUAGAUUUUUUUUGAAAAUUUUGUUUUAAAAACAUUAAAACCCAAAAUUUUAAGACACAACGUCACAGAACUGACCAACUGGCUCACCGACCAUGACUUGGCCGUUUGUUCCGAAUACCUAGAACCCCUAAUACAAGCCGCCCAUCUAAUGCAGUCGAGGAAAGACGAAGCCAAUAUCGACACAUUGUGUGGUGAAAUGACAUCGAAAUUGACGCCAAAACAAGUGGUAUCAAUCCUACAACACUACACACCCCCGCCCAGUUUUGAGGAAGAAGCGGUUAAUGCCAAUUUCAUUGUUAAACUGAGUGAUAGGCUAUAUCAACGUGCUGCUUUGGCUGAUUUGAAUGGAGACUAUAAUCCGGUAAGGGGAUUCUGCGUAUUUUUAGUUAUUAGGAGGUCUUUAUCUUUAAAAAACAUAAAAUGAACUAUAAAAGUUUAGGCUUAAAAGUGAAAUUUCAAGUUUAAAAAUAACAGUCAACUUUUAGAAUGAAAGGGGUAAUUUAAAAUGAAAUUUUAGGUUUAGAAGUAAAAGUUUAGGUUUAAAAAUGACAGGCAUCAAAGUGAACUUUAGGUUUAAAAUUUAACUUUUAAGUUUAGAAUAGAAUUUUAGGUUUAAGAAUAAAUGUUUAGGCUUAAAUCUGAAGUUUAAGGCUGAAAACAGAAUUUUAGGCUAAACAAUUAAAUUUAAAAAUUAAAAUUUUAAUUUUAAAAUGAAGUUUUAGAUUUUAAAGUGAAAUUUUAGGCUUAAAAUAUAAAUUUUCUUUUUUUAAAAUUGAUAUUUCUUAAAACCAACAAAGCUUAGAAUGGCUUUUAAUUUUAAAAACUUUCUAUUUUCUGAUUUAUGGCAUUUGAUUUUUCAGGACACAGCAAUCAUGCCAGGCACAUAUCUAGCUCCAUUCGACACCUCUUCCUUCAUUUACACCGACUUCCCCAUCGACAAGAUAACUCUUCCAUCCUGCCUUCGAUUGGAUUCGGUCGCCAGAUUGAUUUAA